AUGUCAUCUACUACUACCACAGCAAACGUAAUAGAGAAGAAACCGGUCUCAUUUUCUAAUAUCCUACUAGGUGCCUGUUUAAACUUGUCAGAGGUGACUACGUUGGGGCAGCCGUUGGAGGUUGUUAAGACCACCAUGGCCGCAAACAGAAACUUGACGUUUUUAGAAUCUGUCAAGCACGUUUGGUCAAGAGGGGGUAUCUUGGGUUACUAUCAAGGUUUGAUUCCAUGGGCAUGGAUCGAAGCUUCCACUAAAGGUGCAGUGCUGUUGUUCGUUUCGGCAGAGUCCGAAUACCAUUUUAAAAGUAUGGGGCUAAAUAACUUUGCAUCGGGUAUAUUAGGUGGUGUCACAGGUGGUGUCACUCAAGCUUACUUGACUAUGGGGUUUUGUACUUGCAUGAAGACUGUGGAAAUUACAAGACAUAAAUCUGCCUCUGCAGGCGGUAUUCCACAGUCUUCUUGGAGUGUGUUCAAGAGUAUUUACAAAAAGGAAGGUAUCAGAGGUAUUAAUAAAGGUGUUAAUGCUGUAGCCAUCAGACAAAUGACCAAUUGGGGGUCUCGUUUUGGUUUAUCCAGAUUAGUGGAAGAUGGUAUCAGGAAAGUCACCGGAAAAACCAAUAAGGAUGACAAGUUGAACCCACUUGAAAAAAUUGGUGCUAGUGCUUUAGGUGGUGGUCUGAGUGCUUGGAAUCAACCAAUCGAAGUCAUCAGAGUGGAAAUGCAAUCUAAGAAGGAAGAUCCAAACAGACCAAAGAAUUUGACCGUCGGAAAAACAUUCAGAUACAUUUAUCAAUCGAAUGGUUUGAAAGGUCUUUACCGUGGUGUUACCCCAAGAAUUGGUUUAGGUAUCUGGCAAACCGUCUUCAUGGUUGGUUUUGGUGAUAUGGCAAAGGAAUUCGUCGCUAGAAUGACUGGUGAGACCCCAGUUGCCAAACAUUAG